UCUACAGUGAGGUACACUUUGGAGUGGGAGCCAUGACGAUAUCUCCGAUGAGAUAAGUGAAAUUGAUUUUUCUAGCCACUAAAUUUAGGGUUUUGUUUUCUUGAACGAAAUUCUCAUUUUACUGAUUCUCCUCUUCCGGCCCUCUCUCGUUCUUUGUUUGGCUGCUGAGAUAUUUAUAGAGAUUGUACUAGUGCUUGUUAUGUGCUUUGGCAAAAAAAAGUGAUUGAAUUGGGAAAUUUGAAGAAUUCUGCAAUGAGACCUGUGAAGAAGGAGCCUAUUAUGAUGGACUUAGACAAUGACGAUGAGUGUAUGAUGGAUACUGAGCAAACUGACACUUCAAUAAAGUCUGGCGAAGCUAAUCCUUCCAACAUGCAACGGCAUUUUUGUGCUGCUAAUGAUGAUGCUGAUGGUUGGGAUAACACCAAUAUUGAUCAUCAGUGUAUGAAGUUGUUGGAUAGUUUUAGAGAAGACGGAGAUUCAUACAUGAGAGACAAUCCGCUGAGGUCUCUUAGGUAUGAUGUAGAUAACGGAGGAUACGACAAUCGCGUAUUCAAAGCGGUUACAAAUAAGCAGAGGAGUAGAGAAGAUGGAAACACUAUUCGUGUGACCAAGAAGAAUGUUGAGUCGAGAAAGACAAGUAAGAGGAAGACAAGGAAAGAAGCGGUUCCCGAAUUGAGGCGAAGAGAGAAGAGUCCUGCUGCGACUGAGAAGAGUGUUGAGGCAAGGGUUAUUACAAGUCGUGUGAAAAGAAGAAACUCACAACACAAUGUCGAAGCUCGCAAGAAGAAAAACUCGGAUGGACAAAUGAUACCUGAUGAGAGUUACAGAUUUUAUCUUAAAUCGUUAGUGGAAAAGUCGAAAAGUUCAAGAACUAACCCUGAAAAAGAGAUACAGGUUAAGUGUGAGGAAGAUACAAUGUCUUUGUCUGAUUCUGAUAUUAUCGCGGUUGGAGAUCGUCCGUUUAUGGAUGAAGAGGAUUCUCCGUUUGUGCCAUCAAAAAGUUAUAAAGUUGUUGAUUUGGAAGAAGGGAGUGUUGAUCAAACCAAUUCCUGGUUUAAGAAGGAGAUAAUGAAUGUUCUGAAGCAGCCAUACAAUGAAGAGGAGUUCAAUGAACUAUACAAUGAAGCAUCAGUGUGUAGAGCGUCGACCAGAUGUUUGGAACUACGAGAUGGAAGAGAUCUUAGUUAUACACCUACGGAUAAAACGAGACCUUCAUAUCUCGAUAUGUAUCCAAAAUUGCAAAGGGAGGUUGAAUAUUUACGUGAAAAGGAUCGCCGCCAUAGAGCUUUGAACCUGUUGCGCGGGUUUAUCUUUUACUUAAAGAAUGUGGCUCGUCAUGAUGCAUUUAAACCUUGGCGCAAUCGUGAAUGUAUGAAGAUCAGAUGUCCCUGAUAAAUGAGUAUCUGCACUUGAGUUCUGACGAAAGAGUGACAGAUUCCAGUUCCAUGGUAAAAUAAUUAGAAUACGCGAGAGACCUUUUGUUGUUUCAUGAAAUAAGUUCGAGGGGACUUGCUGUUAUUUGUGUAAAAUUAACUUUUAUCAUUGUGUGAUAAUAGUAGUUCAUGACUCAAGACUACUGCCCCAGUGGCUUCCGGUUCUGCUAUGUGAUUACCUCUACUAUAUGCCUUCUCAAGUGCAAUAAAAUUUCCAAGCGAACUUAUCAAAA